AAGACGCGAGCUCCGUACUCUGCUGCGACCUGCAGCAACCAUGGACGACGGCGACCUCUCCCAUGAGUCUGAAGUCGAGCAGUAUGUCGACAGACGUACUAUUCUGGAGCCGGCCAUCUCGAGCGUCGUUGACGCGCUCGGCGGCUACGAAAACGGACGCUACCGGCUGGGCGACGAGGCAUACGGCUGUCUGAAGGACCUGAAGAAGUUCUGGCGGAAGGACGACACCGACGAUGAACGUACCGUUGCUCGGAUAUUUUGGGACACGCGGGUGCUGCCCAAUGACCUCGUUCCGAUCCUGCUGGCGACUGCGGGACAAGGGGAGGUGGAGGACAAGAGGGCCGUCGCUUGUGUCGAUCUGAUGGCGGCUAUGACUUGGCCUAUAGACCUUGCGGAGGAGCUGAAGGAGCUGGACGAGGAUUUGGACAAGGGGACCGACUAUACGCAGCUGCUCACGAGUCACUUGCACUACAAGGCGGCGAUUCUGAAGGAGGGGGUGCUGGAGGCGAUGUUCGGCAUCGUCGUGCCGUGCAUAACGAAGGACAAGAAGGAGCGGAAGGAGAGGGACGUGCAGAUCAUCAAUGUGGUCCUCUAUCUUAUUCGCAAUCUCGCCUUUAUCAAGGACCCUCCGCCGAAUAUGUAUGCGUCUUCCGACCGCACGGAGCUGUCGUCCUUGCAGUCAAAGCUGGUGAAGAGGCUCUCGGAGUCGCACUUGACUGAUCUCAUUAUGACUAUCGCCUCUAAUGCUCUUGACCCUUUGUAUAAUCCCUGGAAUACUCUGGCUUUGGAGAUAUUCUACUUGAUGUUCCGUGGCGUGACGCCCAGUUCACUCGCCCUGGACCAAGCGAAGCAACCUACUGCUACCUUACACCGACUGCUGGAGGUCGAGAAUCGAAUUCGGCGCGACGUAGCGAGAAGUACAUCAUCGAGACACUCUCGUUUCGGGACGACGAUCUCAGUCAAGCUAAACCCCAAGAGGGGCUCCGCCGGCGAGAACAGCAAACAAGCCGAGUCUGUGCUUUCGUCGCAAACGUUUGUGAUGCACCGCCAACAGGCGAUCGGCGGUGAGGCAGGGAGCAUCAUCGACCUUACUAAGAAACAGAGAGCCCCGAAGACAAAGAAGGUCGACGAGCUGGCGCGAGAGGAUAACCUAUCUAUGGAGGCAAGGACCAUCCUACAGAACUUGGCUCGAACUUUCGUCGAAUCUGCUCUCAACCCCUUCCUUGCGUCACUGCUGAAAGACAUCAAGGCCGAGCGCGCCAAGAUCACAGAGAAGGACAACUUGCGCCUCCUAUACGUGACCAAGUGGUUCCUCGAGUUCUUCCUGCGCGAGCGGGCUGCUCGUGACGGGAAGGACGGACAGGCAUGGGAUUUUGGCCUCAUUGCAGAAGUGACCGACCGCGGCUGGAUAGUCUGGGUGCUCAAGCGUAUGCGUGAGGCUGUGGAUGAGAAGCCCAAGCUAUGGACGGAAUUGCAAGCAGGCAUCGAAUGCCUCACGCAGCUGUUAGCUCUCAUAGACAGCAUGAUGAGCAGCGCCGACGUCGACCCGACGAUCGUCGAGGCAGCAGAGAUUUUGCAGCAACAGCUGAUUUAUAGUGGUGAGGUGCUGGAUGUCGCCUUCGAGAGCCUGCGCUCCUACCGCGAGGGAACGCAGUCCUUGGCGUAUCUAGGGGCCAGUGUUAACCUUGCGCAUAGCCUGUUUAAGAUGCUUGAGAAAUGGAGUAAGACAAAGGGUGAGAUGUAUGUGAGGAAACGGGUGAAAUCUAAGAAGAAGAAAGGGAAAGGGAAAGAAACCGAAGAGGGGGAGGGGGUACCGGAUGUCGAAGACGUGGAAUCAGCCUCGGACAAUGAAGAUCUGGUCCGAGAAACGACAUUGACCAUGGAGGCGUUCGAGUUGCGCUUUGCGCAUUCGGAGAUAAACCACACUUUGUUGGCAUAUCUGUCUAGAUACAAAGAGUACUCGUCGGCGGAGGAAAUGAGACGCAUUGUCAAGCUACUCCACAGACAGGCCGUGAAAGCGAAGGCGGAAGGAUUAUUCUUCCAGGCUUCGACUCUGGACUUGUUCAAGACAAUUUUAGCGGACCAGAAAUCCCUGCCGAAGGAUCAACCGUACAAAGACCUCGUGGCGCUGAUUAACUACAUACUGCGUCAAUUCUUCAAAGCUGUCGACGAAGAGCCGCUGGUCCUAGUCGAGGCGUUCUUCCCGAAGAACCGCGGAACGUGGAAGAGAUUCUCAAGCUGGGAACCCGACAAGAAAGUUAAAGCAGAAGAACAGAUGGUGGAAGACAAGAGGUUCCCGCCGGACGUCCAAGUUAAGAAGGGCUACUCCUGGAGCGAACAGGUUGGCAUCGCUGUCGCUUGUCUAACGGACGACGGGAAGCGCGAGUUAGUCGAAUGGGUCAAAGACAUCUUGUCGCUGGUAAUAGCCCAGCGGAGAAGAAUUGUGGAGGAGACGGAUGGCAGCUCGUCGAAGGCUGGUUUGGACAGCGAUGCAGAGUCUGAUGCAGAGAAUGUCUUCAUUGAGCGCAACCGGGGGCCUUCCGAGGAGGCUCUCGCGAAGUUCACGGAUUACCUAAUUCCCUACAUCAAUGAUGAACAAGCGGACGCUGCGACUAGAAACCCACAUCUGAAAUUAAUCUUCCGUCUACUCAAGUUCGAGAUCGUGGAUGAAGAUGCCGACGAGCUGGAAUGGCAUGUGCCCAAGAGUAUUCCACCAGACGAACUGCAGAGCGGUCGCAAUGUCAUCGACCAGUUCCUGGAGAAUCCUAUCGACUUGGACGGCAAAAAAGCUGCCUCACUUCUAACGAAGAAAGCGCGCAGGCGCACAAGACGGCGCCAAGCCACGCCUGACUCGGACGCGGAAGUUGAGUUGUUGGAUGAUGAACCCAAGAAGAGGGCCAAGAAAAAGAAGGAGAACAAGCAGUACAAGUCCGCGCAAUUCAUCGAAGACAGCGACGGCGAGGAGGAGGACAUCAAAGCCUUCUUCGAAAAGGAGAAGCAACUCAGAGAAAGAAUGGCGCUCGCCGCGGUGGAUGGGAAGAUAGCAACCAUGCGACCAACGGGCACGAAGAAGCGGCGUAAGAAGGACGGCGAAGACAAGGUGAAGCAGCGGAAGAAACGCAAGGGCGACCCCAGCAUACCCGAAAGCCGCUCUGUCUCGGUGGAAAAAUCAGAGCACAGCGAUUCCGACGACUCAGAGAGCGGACUCGGUGUCUUCGGUUCACCGCGUGUCUCUCCCGCCAGCACGAGCCACACGAGCCCGCCAGCAGAGGCGAGUUCCCCGAAGCCCAGUGCGCGACCAAGGCCUAAGCCACGCUUCCGCCGCCGUACCUCGUCCCCUGGCUUGGAGCCACCACAGUCGACUGAUCCGCCAGAUGACGACGUUGAAGAGGGCGACCGCCAGAGAUCAGAAGGCUCGGGCUCCAAGCCUCGGCCUUCUCCCGCUGUUUCUCCUGCGGCAUUGGAUGGGGGGAGCGACGAGGAAGAAGCCGAUCAAGCAUCAGCAGCGGCGGCACUGCGUCCCAAGCCUAAGGGACGAUUGGUCUUGUCAGACGACGAGGAUUGAUGAUAUCUUGUUGUUUGUUAUUCGCUAUCAUCCUGCAUACUGUACCAACACUGUCGGCCGUCUCCGGACGCUAGCUUAGACUUGUCUGAUUAAUGGAUACUGUGGAUUCUGUGCGCGGGCGCGUGUUCAUGCAUAACUACCGAC